CUGUGAAGAGGCUUUUCUUCGGACUCUGGAUAAUAGAAUAAUUAAUAUAGUCGAAUAAAAUUAUUCCUUCAUCGUCUUGGAAAGCACGAUGGCACGAGGAGAGGGCGCCGAGCAGUACGCGGCGGGUUUACUGUCAGUCAAGCCCAUAAAUGCAGAGAUCAAGACAGCGAAGCCAAAGAGCCAGAGGCAUCGUCUGUCUGUGUGGAGCAAACUGUGCUAUGCCAUCGGUGGAGCUCCUUACCAGAUCACGGGCAGCGCUCUGGGCUUCUUCCUGCAGAUCUACCUGCUGGAUGUGGCUCAGCUGGAUCCCUCCCAUGCCUCCAUCAUCCUGUUUGUGGGCCGGGCCUGGGACGCCGUCACCGACCCGACAGUGGGUUUCCUGGUGAGCCGGAGCAGAUGGACCGGCUUUGGCCGCAUGAUGCCCUGGAUCCUUUGCUCCACUCCGUUUGCCAUGCUGACGUACUUCCUCAUGUGGUACGUGCCUCCUUUUGAACAAGGGAAGGUCGCCUGGUACCUGAUCUUUUACUGCCUCUUCCAGUCAAUGCAGACGUGCUUCCAUGUGCCAUAUUCAGCCCUCACCAUGUUCAUCAGCAGCGACCAGAAAGAGAGGGACUCCGCCACCGCUUAUCGUAUGAUGGUGGAGGUGCUGGGGACAGUCCUGGGCACCGCGAUCCAGGGUCAGAUAGUAGGCGGCGCCUCAGAUUGUCCCGCUGAGCCCGAUGUCAUUGAUGACAGAAACGCGACCAAAAUCAACACGUCCAGCGUGACGCUGGAUGAGACGAAACAUGCCUACUUGAUUGCUUCAGGGGUCAUCUGCAUCAUCUACGUCCUCUGUGCCACAGUCUUGUUUUUGGGUGUGAAGGAGAAAAAAGAGACCGGGCGAAAAAAAUCCCAGCCCCUCACCUUCUGCCAGGGCCUGUGGCUGGUGAUGAGUCACGGACCGUACAUCAAACUGGUCAUCGGCUUCCUCUUCACCUCUCUGGCCUUCAUGCUUCUGGAGGGAAACUUUGCCCUUUUUAUCACCUACGCUCUCGGCCACAGGAACGACUUCCAGAACAUCCUCCUGGUCAUCAUGCUGUCUGGGGCUCUGACCAUCCCGUGGUGGCAGUGGUUUCUCACCCGGUUUGGCAAGAAGAUGGCAGUUUACUUUGGCAUAACUUGGGCGGUGCCCUUCAUGAUCCUAAUCGUCUGCGUCGAGAGCAACCUGGUCAUUUCUUACAUGGUGUCAGUGGCAGCAGGUGUGAGCGUGGCGGCAGCUUUCCUCCUGCCUUGGUCAAUGCUUCCUGAUGUGGUGGAUGACUUCAAGGUGAGAAACCCGGACAUCCACGGACACGAAGCCCUCUUUUACUCCUUCUAUGUGUUCUUCAUCAAGUUCGCCUCUGGCGUAUCACUGGGUAUCUCUACACUCAGUCUCAAAUUUGCCGGCUAUGUGACCGGGGCCUGCUUACAACCCGAGACGGUCAGUUUAACCCUGAAGGUGCUGGUCUCUCCUGUGCCUGUGGUCCUCAUAGCUGUGGGACUGUUGAUAUUGAGGACCUACCCUAUUGACGAGGAGAGGAGGCAGGGAAACCGAAAACUACUGCAGAAUAUGCUGGACUCUGAAGCGGAUUCUGAGUCUGAGACCUCAGCGUUCGGGAGCAGCGUGUAGAGCCGGAGGACGAGCCAGCCGCCAUCGCCGCUUUACAUGUUUGCUCAAGGUGUGGAGGGACAUGACCACCAAUUAUCGGUGAUAAGGGGGGUGCGGCCACAGACCACUCCUGCUGCCUCAUCAUCAUCAGCAUUGACCAGCUCCCUUCUAAUGGAUCUGCAGGUUUACGUCGCCCUCUGGUGGCCAGAUAGUGUCAUCUAAUGUGAAUUCUUUUCUCUUGUCCUUUGUCUCCAGCCGUGUCCCAAUUUAACUACAUCUGCUAAAACUAAAAAGCACAUCCAAAUCAAUUUACAAACACUGUAUCAUUUGUCAGGUAGUGUAGAAGAGAAAUCAAACUGUUUUUCCAAAGAUACUUACUUCAUAGUUUACAGAGAUGCUCCCGUAGCCGUCUGCAGUGCCAUUUACCUUGGCCAGUUGUUGGCAGUGCCUCCAUUUCUUCUGUGCAUUGCAUUGUGGGACAAUGACAUUCAUCGACUCUAGUUUCACACCCAGUGGGAGCGCACUACGUACUGUAAAGGUGGUUAGAGUGGGCUGGAAUUGGGACACAGCUUGUGAUUUGUGGUAUUGUUUCUGAAGUGUUCAUUCGCUGGAUUACAAGCUCAGACCUUGACUUGUGCAGACUGGAGCGUGUUGUUACCUUUGAUGUUUACUGUGUCUUAGGUCAGUUCUGUGUGACGUUCCAUUCAGACGCCGCUCUGAGGGAAAUCUGCAGUAUCAGCCUUUAUUUAUAAAGGGCAUACCAGCACUAGUCCACUGAUUGGAGUUGUAUGGCGCUGUGCUACAGUGUCUCUUUCCAUUAGGUGGUGUUGUGUCCGAUCAUUUCAUAAAGGCAAAAACUUUGAAGUGUACUUGAAUCUUCUGAAGGGGGAAAAGGCACCUCUUGGUAUGAUGUACUGUACGUGGGCUGAAUCACUGCCUUACACAUUCGUCUCGGAUGAUUAGCUGCGAUGAGAUUUUUGGUUGAACGUAACUCGGAUCGUUCGAUGCUGAGGAGGGUUUCCCAUCACACCUUUCUGUGCUUUAACGUUUCAGCCAAUGUCCACGAGGUUUAAUAGACAUUUCUGAAUGUGCUUUCACAGUGAAAGUCAUUUCAUCGAGCAUGUUCUCACUUCCCAAGGGAAGGAAAAAAAAUGCUUUAUUUAAUUAUUUAUUCAAACAAACAAUCUAAGGGAUUAGAAUUUUUUCGUAUGGAAGCACAUGUGUAUAAUAAUUUAUUAACAGUGAAUGGUUAUUGAUGGAUAUGUGACAGAGUGAUUUUCAAGUCCUGUUGGAAACAUUGGAGAACAUCAAAAUGAUGGAUUGCUUUUCUUUACUAUAAUGUGACAAACAAGCUGCUUUUACAGUAUUGCGACUCAAUAAUCAGCAGCGCAAACAAGUUUUUCUGUCAUAAGACAUGCAGGAGACAAAUGUCCUGACUUCAGACGGCUUGAUUUAACCACAAAUUAUCUUAUUGGUUAAGUUAUUAAGAAUUCAAAAAAUGAUCUUUAAAACUUAAUAUAUUCUUGCAUAGUUUUCACUUUUAGGGCUUUUGAAAUUGCACUGGAUGAACUUAAUGACGCACAUUACAUCUGUCUUUGGUGUUUAUAUGCUGCUGUGUGUAUAAUAUGUAAAUAGUUUUUUCUAAGUUGGACCUUGACGAACAAUAUACAAGUCAGUGAAGAGACAAAAUCACGUGUUGUACAUUUGUAAUUUUUA